AAGCAAAACAAUUAGCAAAGUGCUUUACAAUCCCAUCACCCCUCCUCCACCGCGCUUCACAAAACACACAAUCUUUCUCUUAACUCAACACCUGCGUCGUCAAAACGCACCGUUUCACUGUUACCGCCGCCGCGAAAGGGUUUGAACCAGGCGAAGCCGCCGGCGAUAGAAGAAGGUUGAACCUCGUUCCGUCGUGUUGCUCCACAAACACCAAUGGCAGAGAAACCGCAACCGGUUCGUGUACAGUACUGCCAGGUUUGCAGUUUGCCCCCUGAAUACUGCGAAUUCGGAUCCGAUUUCGAGAAAUGCAAACCCUGGUUGAUCCAAAACGCUCCUCACGUUUACCCUGAUCUCGUUAAUGAGGCAAAUGCUAAGGAUGCUGAUAAAGUUGCUGACAAGCUACAAAGUACUGGUUUAUCUUCUGGGGCUGGUGAUGGAGCUGCUUCCUCAGCGCCGAAGCAAGAAGAGGUGAAACGUCUACCUGGUGGGAAGAUUAAGAAAAAGGAUAAGCAAGAGGUUGUGAUUGAGAAGGUCGUUCGUAAUAAACGCAAGUCUAUCACCACCGUGAAAGGCCUGGAACUUUUUGGUGUCAAGCUCAGUGAUGCUUCAAAGAAACUUGGGAAAAAGUUUGCUACAGGAGCAUCUGUUGUCAAGGGCCCAACUGAGAAAGAGCAAAUUGAUGUUCAAGGGGAUAUAUCUUUUGACAUUGUGGAGUUUAUUACAGAUACAUGGCCUGACGUUCCAGAGUCAGCAAUUUUCUUCAUAGAAGAUGGGAGAAAGGUUCCAGCUGCUUGAUUUUGAAAUCCUACAAUAAGAAGACUGUGGACUGAUGGCUAGAGUCAGCUAUUUUUCUGUACUUUGUGAAGGCUGAUAGACUUAGUAGAUGUUUUAACACUAUUUAGCCAUUGAAGUCCCCCCACCCCCAAAUCUUCUCUCGAAAAAUAGUGUGCAUGAUCCCGGAUAGACAUCAUCAUAUGUAUUUUCGGUUACAAAAUUGUUUACUUAAUGGUGUGCGUGUAGAGGCAAAGGGAGAAAGGGUUUGUUUGCUUCAUUUUUGCGCUUGCAUGAUCUAACCUGCCUUGCAGAAUAUAAUGUGUUUUUGUCUGUCUGCUUCA